AUGUUCCACCCAGCAUGAGCAGAGGGGCCGUGGCCAACAGACAUGGUGGAGAAUGAUCCAGAAGAAGAGCUGAGACUGAUCCUGAUUGGAAGGACGGGAUCUGGGAAGAGCGCCUCAGGGAACACCAUCCUGGGCCGGAGUCACUUCCUGUCCAGGUGUAGCGCCGGCUCUGUUACCAAGGUCUGCCAGCUGGGGACCUCUGACUACCCUGUGGAGGAGGAGGCGGGUAGGAGGACGAGCAGGAGGAGGAAGAGGGUGGUGGUGUUGGACAUGCCAGGUUUUGGAGACACACACCUGACCCAGGAGCAGAUCAUCACAGAGAUCAGUCGAUGCGUGGCCCUGACGGCCCCCGGCCCACACGCCUUCCUCUUGGUGGUCCAGGUGGGACGCUUCACAGAGGAGGAGAACAUGGCCGUCACUAUGAUGGCUGCUGUAUUUGGAGAAGUGGCGGUCUGCAACCACACGGUGGUGCUGUUCACCAGGGGAGAUGACCUGGAGGAGCCGAUGGAGCAGUACCUGGCCAGCGCACCUGUGAGCCUCAAGGCUUUGGUUGACAGGUGUGGAGGCAGGUACCACGUUCUCAACAACCAGGCGCCCAACGAUGUGCAGCAAGUUCACGAGCUACUAGGAAAGGUUGAGCAGGUUGUGGAGGACAACGGUGGAGGGUGUUACACCAACGCCAUGUACCGGGAGGCAGAGAUAGCAAUCAGAGAGGAGCAGGCCAGGAUAAUGAGGGGGCGGGGCCAAGCAGAGGGCGAGGAAGAGGAAAUGAAGAUGUCUGAAUGGAGGAGGCGUGUCCUAGAGCGGGAUGGGGGGGCUGAUGACGGGGACGAGGUGUUUUGGACACAGACCGAGACGGCGGAGAGAAGAGGAGGUGCUCUCAGCUUCCUCAGGGAAAGAGGAGAGCGAUGGAGAGAUGGGUGGAGACGUAGAAGGAGGGGCGGUGGCCGGCCGAGGCCACGUGCUCCCUCUGCCCCCGGUAGGGGGUGGCGGAGCCAGGUGCCCCUUUCUCCCAGCGUGCUGCGGAGAGUGAAGGUGGUGGUGGCGGCGGUGGUCACUGGCCUGGUGGUAGGGGCUCUGUGUGGUGCGGCUGUCCCACUAGCAGCAGCAGCGGGGGCAGCCGUGGUGGGGAGCGCAGCAGGUUUGGGUGUAGCUCAUCUGGCUGGGGCGACGGUAGGGUGGGUGGAGGCUAUCGGCGCUGUUGUAGCAACGGCCUCGGGACAGACGGCCGCGGGGGCCGCUAUCGGAGGGCUUGUGGGGGGCUCCGUGGCCGCUGCAGCUGGGCUAGAAGCUGCCAGUCCUGGGGAAGGAGUUCAGUUAGCCCUGGGCCAGGUGGGCCUCCUGGGGGUAUCAGCUGUGGGGGUGGCUGCAGGGGUGGGGGGCGUCCUGGGAGCUGGGGCCGCCCUAGGGGCCACGGCCCUGCCUGGAGCCCAUGCUGCCGCUGCAGGGGCCGUAGUUAGAGCCGGGACCAGCCGGGCGGUGUGUGCUGCUUCAGGCCCCAGCUUGGUGUCUGCCUCCUGGGGAGGAGCGGGGGCCCGCGUCCUGGCUGCAGUAGCAGAGGUGGGCCAGGCGGCGGUGGGACUGGUGCUGGCUGGAGGUCUUGUGGUAAAGGCGUUCAAAGAAAAGGUCUGUAGCGGCGAAGGGACCAGGGAAGCUAGCUACACAGAGCGCAGGACGUAUGAAAUCCACUGGAACAAGUAAAAGAGGCUUCCCUUAUAGUUUUGUUAAUUUUAAGAAACAAAAACAACUGUAGAAGAAAACAUUUCCCAUAGAUGUGCCUUAACAGAAUGUGAGCUAUCUAAUAAAUAUGUUUCAUCUUUA